AUGGGCGUAUUCGUAUCUUUGGCGUGCCUAGCUGCAUUCGCAAAUGCCAGUGGCGUAGUAAAUGUAUAUGGUGCCUACGAUGAUGGCCAGUGGCAUGGAGAAGGCCUUUGGGAAAGCCAAGAUCACGAAUCCUUAGCUGCCCGCGCCUACGCUUACGGCGUAGCUGCUCCAGCUGUCCCGUACGCUGCUCCAGCUGUUCCAUACGCUGCUCAUGUAGCCGCUCCAGUACCAUGGCCAGCGGCACGUGCUCUUCCUGUACCUGUGCCUCAUGCUGUACCUGUACCUCAUGCCGUACCUGCAGCCUACUCUGUGCCUGUUGCUGCACCAGCAGUACCUGUCGUUCAUGGUUACUCAGCUUCCAUUUCUGGACCCUCAGGACACAUAGGUGCUCUUAGCUAA